AGCUUGUUUUUUUUUUAAGUUGAAGGUAAAAUUCCUUGUAAUAAUUAAUAUCAUUUACUACCGCACAAGAAACUUUUGCAUUUCUUUCGUUAUCAGGAUCGUUUUAAAAAAAAAACUCCAUUGCUUCGUCAAUUAGAUUCAUUGCUUUAGAAAUUUGCUGUGAGGUUGACGUCUCUUAUAUCUAGUGAGCUGUCUUCUUCGUUAGCGAUAUCCAAAUUCAUUCGCAUCAAUUCCUCGUUAGACAUUUCUUGGUAAUGAGAAGCUAGCAAUUCAUUUAUGUAUAUAAAUUUUAUUUAUCCCUUCAAAAUUUGACUCUCUUGCUAUGUUAACAAUUUCAUGACAUAUAGUAUCUGCUUCAUCAUCUUGAACUUCUAAAGUGGAUCUGUCUCCAUUUUUCUUGUGUACAAUUUAUAAUCAACCUUCCACUGCAACUAUGCCCUUUACAAUGAUUGAAAAAUAUUCUGGAAUUCCCCGAAAUCCAAAAAAAAUUUAAAUUUACAACACGGGAAAUUACCUUUUAGAAUUUUUCAAGCAGAAGUCUUUGCUAUAAGUCAGGGUGCAGAAAUAUUCUCCAACGAAACUAUCGUAACCAGCGUAUCGCUAUACUCAGCGAUAGUCAAGUGGAGCUAAAAGCGAUCUCAGCCUAUGAGACUAAAUCGCUCUUAGUGGAAGAGUGUAUAGAAAGGCUGAACAGCGUAACAGUUUGCAUCCUGAUCUGGGUGCUGGGGUAUAAAAGAGUAGCCGCAACGAGCUGGCCGACGAACUCACCCGCUCUGCUGCGGCUUUUAGGAUGAUGGGGCUAAAACACUGUAUUGCGGUGGGGACAAACAACGUAAAGAAGCUGUUCAACACGGAGGAGAGAGUGGGUAGAGAAAUUUACUGGCAAGCAAGCAGUAGGUAUGCGCCAUGCUAUUGUUAGGUUACAAUCUAGCAAGGUUUAAAGACAUGAUUAACCUCUCCCGAGACGAAUUCCGUCUCCUUGUCGUGCUCUAUACUGGGAACUGCAGGCUCAAGAUACACCUGUCCAACAUGGCAAUGGCUUCUUGUGUAAACUGCCGGAUUGGCGAUAUUGAACCGGAAACUCCAGAGCAUUUGAUUCUACAUUGCACAGCUUUUUGUAGGCGCAGGCUCAAGGCCCUUAUAUCGAUUUAUGUGGAUAGGUAUCACAUCACCUCAAUAGCGCCCAGGAAGUUCCUGGAAUUCGUCAGAGUGCUAGGCCUUUGGGAAUAUAUGUGAUGGAGGAGAGGACACAAUAGACCCGGUUUUCAUUCUUUCAAAUUGCUAGAGUAUAAAAUGUUCGGUUUUACCCGAACUUAUGCCUUCCUUACUUGUAAGUGUUUGUUUUACCCUUGAUCAGCACUCAAAGACAGUGCAUGACUUACUGAAUUUACUGACAUCUAGUAUGACAUCAACUCGUAAAAUACACCAGUUGCUUGCACAGAAAAAGACUGUCGGAGAACAAGUUGGGCCUCUGGUUCAUACUAAUUGCAGAGUAGUUUCUAAUUUGUUGAUUUGACUGCUGGGUACUCACGUACAAUGUAUGAAUGUAUGUAGAUGUAAGCCCUUGCAUGAUGUAAAAUAACUUGAUAAAAUAUUGAUAAAACGGCAUGAGGGGCCCUUCACCCUUUUAUUUUAAUACCUAGUAUUUGGGAGAAUACUGUGAAAAGUUUUGCAUGCAUUUUUACAUUUCUCUAUUAUGGUAUAGUAUACCUACAUAUGUAAGUACAAAAGUAUUUAAUUCUCAUAUCCCGCAUUAAAGAACUCCCCACCUCUCUUUAUUGGAAACCACAAAUGUCAUUACUUUGAUAAGAUAUCGAAUUGAACGCCAGAUGAUAAACGACUAUACAAUACUCCAUCAAAUCAUACUUUCGUCAACGCAGCAACUGCUAAGCAGUUAACGUUAUCGCCAUUAUCGUCGUAGGUUUCUGCUUUCGCAGUCAGUUCAUCUACAGUCACAAGUUGUAAAAAUUGCUCGGUGAAAGCCAAAGGAACGAUAAAUUCCCUUUGAUUACCAUUUAUAUUGAAAAUACUCUCGGAAAGCAAUAUAAGCAUUAUGGCUUCUAAUAUCAAUAUCGGCUUUGCUAAAUGUUUCAUUUCCUUCAUGGCAAUUGUGAUAUUGCUCCAAGGCUGUGUCUAUCUUGGUUUAUCAAUAUACGGAGUAACGCGGGAGAGCUGCCAGAAUGAAGCAACGGCAGAUAUAACCAAAAACCCCUUUGAAUUUGUAAUGCGCUUGAUUUACUUUCAAAGUAUGUGUGUUCCUAGUUAUAUACUCGUACAUACAUAUGUACAUUGAAACUGUUUAUAAGCGUAAAGUCUUAAAUGACGAAUAUGUUCUAUUGUAUAAUUACCACACAGACAAGGACUAAUAAUAAUUAUAGUAAAUUAAAAGUAAUCAUUAUAGCAUUUAAGCACAUUACUACUAUAUAUAUAUAAAUAAUAACUUAUCUAAUUUUGUUACAAGUUACUACUUUGCAACUGAUGUGAACCAGAGGCUCAACUAGCUAGACGACUCUCUUUUUCCCAAGCAAGCAAGUGGUAUUUUUUACGAGAUGAUGUCCUACAAGAUAACAAUUGUCAGAUUUCAUUCAGAAACCUUACAAGUGGUAGUUUAGACCAUCUCCAAAAAUAGGAGAAUAUUGCGGGAAUCCAAAAGUAUCAGCGCCAGGUCUUUCAAACGAAGUUGUAAUUGAAAUGGUUUGGUCUAAAUCAUUUGCCAUUACAAAUCGGACGUAUAUAUUUUUGAUCACAUAUGCAGCAGUAAGCGCAUUAUGGAUAGUAACAUCUCUGCUUGUUUUAGCUUCAAUUUGCGGACGUGUUACAAACUUGGUCGCAGCUAUUUCAUUUUGGCCAUGGUUUUUAAUAGUAAUCGGAGGAAGUAUUCUAGACGGUGUAGCAACUGGUUAUUAUAUAUGUGACGUUAUAAACACAACUACAGUAAGCGAUGCAUUUACAUAUAUCGGAGCUAAUACCACAAAUGGUGAUUUAAUGAAUUUUUUGGAAAGCUAUGAUGCCUAUUUUAUUACUCCUGCAUUAGUAAUGACUUGUUUGAGUUCGCGCGUGGUGCUUAUAUGGCUGCUUAACAUUUUUGGUACCGGGUUUUGUUUGUCAUUAUCUCACGUUCUGGCAAAAAAUAGUUCUAGUUUAAUAACAAACGAAAGUUCAAUCAAUACCUCUGGUGAUCACAGCUCUUCUAUUGCAAAUAUUGAAAAAAAUAUGAUAAAUACCAACCCACGCCGAUCAGAAGUAAAACCCAUUCAAUUCGGUGUGAAUACACCAGAGAUAGUAACUGAACAAGCUUCAAUUCAAAAUGAAAUAAGCUUUAACGACCACCCAACACCAAAUACAUCGACUACAAUUCGCCAAGUCUCAUCGGUGUCAACACAAAAUGAUAGCGCACAAUUGAAUACAGUUGAAAAUAAUACAUCGUAUCGCCACGCUGAUUCACAUCCUGAUCGUCUUGACUAUCCAGCCACGAACUCCAGGCCAAUUUCCCCCAUUUCCCCCAUUUUGCCUUUGGAACAAGUUCAACACCUAUCAACAGAAACACCUUUGAAUAGCCGAUAUUCAAGUGUAGAACAGUCAAACUCUCGCCUGAACGCAGAAUUACGAAGUCAAUUACCAUGGUCAUACACCAAUAUGCUAGGUAAACCUCAAGUACCACUCAAGCCCCAAAAGCAAAUUUAUCCGGAAAUUCCAAAGCCUGAUUAUACUACAUAAAAUUUAUUUAUAUGUUCAUACAUACAUAUGGUAUGUAUCUUUUACUUUCUAUUAACGUUUGAAACAUGCAACAAACUUUUGUGAAGCAAUUGUAAAUCAAACAUGGUGAUACUUUUAUGAAAACCUGUAUAAUUAAAAAAAAUACUGUUUAUGAAAGUAACAAAAUUAAAUGAGUAACAAUCGAAA